AUGGUGAACAAGGCGGUGCAGGUGGGCAGAUGCGGUCUCAAAGUCCAGUCCAAAGCUCGUCCCCGAAGGCCAGAUACAAAUGCUACAGACAACCCGGAGGAGACUCCUGCUCCUGGUCCAAAGGACACUCGUGCCAAACAUGAUGAUCUUCGCCGUCAAGCCGCUGAUGCAGUGCUGACUUCAGCCCCCUGGAAACGACGCCAAAAGGCCAGAGCAGGUGCCCGCGAGCCUGCCAAGGAUGGUGUUUCCGAGGGAUCUGCUCGAACGACCACAACCUCAGCAAACCCUGUGGCCAGUAUGACUCCUCUUCCGACUACGACAACCUCGCGCCAGGAUGAAGCCACUGGGAACAAUGCUGCAGCAUCGAGUACUCCGAGCAAGCCCCCGAGCAAGGUCCCAUACACAGCUGCUGGUGCCGACCCACAGGAGGAAAUCAUGGAGCUCCGCUUCGAUCAACUUCAGGAGAUGCAAAGAUCCGCAGCCAGCAGGAGACACAGUGUUAUACAGCGUGCACGCAUACAGCAGCAGCAGAAUGCUUCUUCGAGUACAGAUGUUGCGGAUGCUUCGCUAUCAAUCACAUACACCUACGACGGUCUCAAAUGCCUCCUCUGCAUAUAUGAAAAAGCGUCCACCGUAUGCAGCCCUCAGCUGUCUCGCAUGCUUUAUUCUGUGCAGCUACAUUGCACCUGUGACAGGCGAAGCUACACCGACAACGCAAAGAACAAGGCUCGGUAUGCCCGGCCUCGCACUGCUGUGCCAAACCUGCCAUCCUGGCCACUUCAGCAGCCCGCACAAUCUGUUACUCCCAUACAGUCCAGUGAUGUUGGCGUGGUUACUCUUAAUGUUGGCGGCUUGAGCAAGGAAGGAUAUGACGAAUUGGCACAAUGGUUGAAUCAACCACCUACACUUCGCAAUGUUCAGAUUGUAUUCUUGCAGGAGACCUGGAGAAGUGCAUCUGAAUUCUCCACGCAGCAUUGGCACUGGAUCCUGUCAGGUGCCGGUCAAACUGCCAAGGCCAAUAAUGGCAGUGGUGUAGCUGUACUGAUCAACAACAAGCUUGCCUCAUCGUCACACAUUCGCUAUCAAGAAUGGCUCCCAGGCCGUCUCCUCGAGGUUCGCAUUACGGAGGACAAGUUUUGGGAGAAGCUCCAAAAAUGCCUGGAUGCAGUGCCGACCCGGCACACCCUGAUCUUUGGUGGUGAUAUCAAUACUGGUAUCUCCCCGAUGUCGAGGCUCGUCGGCAAAGGUGCUCAAGUCAGUACCAACCCUGCUCAGGACCAAUCCGAAUGGCAGGACAUUGUACAACAGCACCGUCUUUGUCUUCUGAACACCUGGGGAUCGCCGGCCAAAACUGCUACAUAUGUGGGUACGGAAUAUUCUACACUGAUUGACUUCCUGGGUGACCAGCCCGUGGAUGCAAUUAUGCACCCUAUGCACAUUGAUGCCAUCCUGCGACACGGAUCCAAGGACCUCUUCCCGAGCACACACCUCGGCUCUCGUCCGACGGAAGUAUGGGAUAACGAACAGACUAAGCUCUCGCUGAAACAUGUUUGGCAGGCACGUGCGCAGCUUCGCCGACAUACCCUUGGGCCUCCACUUCGUGUUGCCUUUCAUCUAUGGCGUGCUCAUUGGCGACUUGUCAAAGCCCGCAAAGCGCUGCAUUCGCAGUCCAACAAAGCGCGACGUGAUAAAUGGGACCAACAGCUCACCGAGGCGGAGGAGGCCUACCACAAACAUGACUCUCAUUCUUUCUUUGCUAUUGUGCGUAGACUUGCACCACGUCGUCCACGACAGCGCAUUAUGAUGCGUAACAAGGAUGGAACACUAUGCACACCACAGGAAGAAAUUGGGCUGAUUCAUGACUACUGGCGCGGUGUAUUUGAUGUUCCGACACUCCCUAAAUGCUCCGGCUAUCUGUGGCAUGGCCUCAACAUUACCACAAAGGAGGUGGAAAUGGCCAUCAGCAAAUUAUCAAUGCGCAAAGCCUCGGCCCCAACCUCGGCUCCGCUCUGCAGCUGGCGUGCUUGUGCUCCUGACAUUGCUCCUCUUAUACAGGAAUAUUUGGCACAGCAUUGGGGUGAAGGAGAACAUGCAGGUGACGAGGACAUUGCUAGGUCCUGGCUUGUCUUUCUGGGCAAGCCCAAUAAACCCAGCAGCAAGCCCGAAAACCUUCGACCUAUUGCACUACAACCGGCUCCUGCCAAAAUCAUGGCCCUCCUUUUACGCUGGCGACUGCAACCGUAUGUGGAGCAGCUGCUCCACCAAUGUCCACAGUACGCAUACACCAGAGGCAGAACCACUACGGAUGCAAUAUCCCGUAUUGCCCAACACUGUGAUUCUGUUCGAGCCAAAGUCAAACAGCAGACACUUUCACUCCAUGAACGACGACAGGGCGCUGUACGAACCGUAUGCACCGGUGGUGCUCAGUUGACUGUUGAUUGCUCCAAAGCUUUUGACAGUUUACCUCGUUGCACUAUGAUGACCAUGCUGACAUGGGCUGGUGUACCACCCGACUUGGCCACUGCUAUCAUACAGGUCCAUCAGGCUGGCACUUAUCGUCAUGGAAACGUGGACGACCCUGAAUCCUGGAUGGAUAUUGACAGUGCUCAAGGCGUGCGGCAAGGCUGUAUGCUUGCCCCAUGUUUGUGGCUCUUGUUCGUAACAUACCUCUUCCAUCACCUGGACACGACAAUGGGAGGCGCUGCUUCAUGGACAUGCCAGCACUCCACUGCCUUCGCCGAUGAUCUUCACUUCAAGUGGGAUCUUGACGAUCCCAAAGCCCUGGAUCGGAUGAAGAUGGAGGUCGCCACGGUACUCUCAGUGCUCAAAUCCUUUGGUCUUCAGAUCAGCGCAGAAAAAUCCACCAUGUUGAUCGAGAUUCGAGGAACAGCAGCUGAUGUUUGGUUGUCCAAGAACGUCUACAAAGAUGAUGAGAACAAAAAACACUUUCGUUAUGACACGUUUGCCAAGCUCUCCAUCCCGCUUGGUACCCAAUUCAAGUAUCUUGGGGUCAUAUUAUCCUAUCGCAAUUACGAGCUGGCCAGUGUCAAACAUCGUGUACAACAGGCUGCCAUACACCAUUCCCGUCUUCGUCGCAUUCUGCAAGGACGCGGGGGCAUAAGCCGGCAUCAACGACUUCGACUCUGGCGCAUCUGCAUUCAGACAAGCCAGCUCUACGGACUCGAGGCCACAGGUGUCACAGAGGCAGGGAUCAAAUUACUACAUGUUCAAAUGCUUCGUCACCUCAGGGCCAUUACAGGUCGACCCAGGCAUCUUGAUCGCAGCACUGAUCAGGAAUUGUUGGACAGUCUCAAAAUGGCAUCGGUCAGGCAGAUGCUAUCUCAACGACUUCAGUCGGCAAAUACCCGUCUUUGCUCCAACACGGAUCUGCCAUGCUACGACAAAGACAAUAUACUGCGACGUAUUCAGGCCUUACAAGCAGGUAUUGACCGACCGAUCUGCACACAGCGGGUCUCUACCGCCUUGACUACACCUGUACAGCAGGCUCCGCAUGAUGAUGUUACGCCGCAGGAGCAGAAAGUGCGACUCCAGGAACUACCCGCUGACACCAAGCAAUUUCGAUGUCAGGUAUGCGGUCAGUCUUUUCCGUCUUUACAUUUGGUGAAGACCCAUGAAGGCAAAGCCCACAAGAUCUUGGCACCGAAACGGGAGCUGCCCCAGGAUCGCUCCGUCUACUCCAUCAACGGACUUCCGCAAUGCCGUUUUUGUGGCUACAAAUUCACGAAAUGGAGUGGCCUCCAAAGACACAUACAGCGGAACGGCUGCCCGAUUCUUCGCCAUGAAGAUCCCGCCACCUUUGCAGCAACAGCGCCCGCGACUACAAACAAGGCUGAAGAUCCUCUUCGUACUACACAACAUGCAUGGGUGGCCGACUCGACCAUUGCCACUACCAUGCCUUCAACUGGAGAUCAACCUCUGGUCCAAAACGCGCAGCUACAGCAGGAUGCCAACAAGUACACGUGGACCAAGGUGCUUCACAUGUGGCGUACAAAACAUGACUUCAAGAAUGUGUGUGUGUUCUGUGGUCAAUGGGCAGUGGAUGCCAGUGCUCUCAAACAGCAUUAUGCCAAGCACAUCAGGCAUUAA